AUGUCGGCCCCCGGCGCAUUCCCCACCCCUCCCUCCCGCCGAGCCUCCUACGCCCCCGUCUCGCACUCCUCUCCUGGCGCUGGCUCCGCCGCCCUCCCUCACUCCCCCACCGACCCCUACGCCAACCUCUCCAGCCAGGCCCUUUCCCCCAAUGCUUACCUCUCCCCAUCGCCCGAGAACCCCGAAACGAGCCAGCUGCUCGGUCGGGACUCGAUGCACAUGCCGGCGCCGUCAAUGAUGUCGAGAAAUUCGACCAUACCGGGUACACCUCCUUUGGGCGGCGAUAAUCGGGCAAGUUGGGGAAGUGGCGCUGGUCUAGCAGGUGCAGCGGGUGGUAUUGCUGGAUCUCAACUCCCCAGAGGUCGCUCCGGUCUUGCCGCCACACCCACAUCACGCCUUUCAGUAUCCGACGCGGAUGACGACGAGUUCAAUCAGGGCCAUAUUGCUCCUUCCGCGGCCGUGGCGGGCGGUGCUGGUGCUGCUGGAUUGAACGAGAAGCGGGAUUAUGCUGGAGAGGGUGGAGGCGGGAAGAGCAGGAAGAAGCUGUGGAUAGGGCUUGGCGCUGCGGCGUUGUUGCUGCUUGUCGGUCUGGGAGUCGGUCUUGGUGUUGGUCUGACCCAGAGUUCCCGCAACCGCACAGCGGGCAACGCCUCGGCCGGCUCUGCCAACGACUCGGUCUCUGGCAGCUCCAGCCCCAGCGGCACUGCGUCCGCUUCGGGCUCGGCCACCUCCAGCGCUCCUGCCGCCCCCACCACCGGUACCCGCGGCUCUCUCAUCACCCUCGAGGACGGCUCCACCAUGACCUACGACAACCCGCACGGCGGCAAGUGGGUCUGGGACCCCUCGAACCCCUUCAACAACGACGCCCAGGCGCAAUCCUGGACCCCCGCGCUCAGUGCCAACUGGACGUGGGGUCGGGACAAGAUCUACGGUGUCAACGUCGGCGGAUGGCUCGAUACCGAGCCCUUCAUCGUCCCAGGUCUUUACGAACGGUACGCCACCGGCGCCAACGGCCAAACCGCGGUCGACGAGUACACGCUCAACCAAAACAUGGGCGCGGACCGCAACAAGAUUAUGGACGAGCACUAUGCCACCUUUAUCACGGAGCGGGACUUUGUCGAGAUGGUCUCGGCGGGUAUCAACUGGGUCCGAGUGCCGUUCGGGCACUGGGCGAUCGAGACGAUCCCGGGCGAGGCGUACUAUGAGCGCAAGUCGUGGGAGUACGUCUUGCUCGCCAUCAAGUGGGCAAGAAAGUACGGAAUCCGGAUCAACCUCGAUCUCCACACCAUCCCUGGAUCGCAGAACGGGUGGAACCACUCGGGCAAGCUGGGCGGGAUCAACUGGAUGAACGGCGUCAUGGGCCUCGCGAAUGCUCAGCGGGGUCUCGAGUACAUUCGGACCAUCACCCAAUUCAUCGUCCAGCCAGAAUACGCACCCGUCAUUCCUCUUUGGGGUUUCCUCAACGAGCCCAACGCCAACUCUAUCGGACAAGAGCGGGUCGGUACCUUUUACCGUCGGGCCUACGACGAGAUUCGCGCUAUCACGGGUAUCGGGGCGGGUCGCGGACCCAUGCUGUCGAUCCACGAUGGAUUCAUCGGGAUCCAGAGCUGGUACGGCUUCAUGACCGGUGCGGACCGGCUCGGUCUCGACCAACACCCGUACCUUGUAUUCGGCGACCAGCAGACCGGGUCGCUCGACUCGAUCGCCACGCUCGCGUGCCAGAUGUGGGCGUCGCAGACCAACACGACGCUCCAGCGGUUCGGUGCUACCGUCGCUGGCGAGUGGUCGGCGGCCAUCAAUGACUGCGGUCAAUGGGUCAACCGCGUUGGCGGUGGAUCAAGGUACGACGGGACCUUUACCGACGGCUACACUGGUCCCGGCGGCGGUCCCGGAUCGUGCGCGCAGUGGAACGACCACCGUCUCUGGAGCCAAGCUACCAAGGACGGGCUUCGCAGUGUCGUUCUCGCCGAGAUGGACGCGCUCGGAGACUUCUUCUUCUGGACGUGGCGGAUCGGAAACUCUACCGGGUCCAUCCCCGAGCCCAACCCGUUCUGGCACUACCGCCUCGGACUCCGCGAGGGGUGGAUCCCGUCCGACCCGCGCGAGUCGAGGGGAGAGUGCGGCCGGCGAGGGUUCUCGGACAAUCCAUUCUCUGGAACGUUCUCCCAGCCGUACAUGACCGGUGGGGCUGGUGCGGGCAACGUCGCUGCGGCCAUGACGCAGUCGUACCCCUGGCCUCCUGUCUCCUUCAAGAACAUUGCCUCGUCCGCCAUGUCGCUUCUUCCCCAGUACACCCAGACCGGGACGCCCAUCACGAUGCCCGCUGCUACGUUUACGCAGCCGGGCAACUCGGGCGCAACUAUUGCGGCGGGAGAUGGAUGGGCGAACGACGCGCAGAACAGGAGGAAAUAUGUGCCUGUUGCGGGUUGCUCGUACCCUCCCGAAUACUCGGCCGAGAACCUUCAGCCCACGCAAGGGAUGUGCGGUGCCGGCCGGAUUCCCUCUCCUCGUGCGGCAAUGCCAGAACCUACUGCUCCUCCCGCCUAA